AUGAAACUCUUCCGCCAAGUGAAAUCAGAUUCCGCUAAAUCUAGAGGAAACUUAGCCGAGUUGGCAGCACCGUGUGCGUGUCCUAGCAGAGGCUUGGGUUCAACCCCGAUCCAUUAUGGCAGACGCGGCUUAAGCCGGGACAGGGAACAGCACGCCCAUCGGGAUAACAGAAGACGGCCAUGGCUCAUGGCCAUACUGGAUUUGCAAUUAAUCUAA